UUGACAAAUUUUGCUGAAGUUUUCUUUUGGGAAGGUUUUUAAAUUUAUUAUAAUGUUUUGGAGAUUUUCGUGAUCUGAUCUGAAAAAUUACCUAUUGUUAAUUUCUAAGUCCAUGAGUGAUAUACAAGUACCUAAAAUUUAAAAUAUUUUGAUACCUGUUUGAUACAUAUAAAUUCUAAGUGAAAAGCACUAGUGAAAUGCAAGUGCAGAAAAUUGCAGAUCCGUACAGCUAUUGCCCCAACAGCAACAUUUUUAAGAUGGACAUGUAUGUAGAAGCGAGCAAGUCUGGAAAACUUGAAGAAGCAGAACCGGCAGCUUUUAGUUCUACGCGGUCUCGCUACGCGCUAUACGAAAGUCGUUGCCAAGCCGCUGAUAAUAUGCAGCAGGCGCGCACUCGGCUACCUCGAUCACAAUCUUCGCCAGAACGCAUAUCCGAGUCCCAAAGCCCGCGUCGCACGCGCAGCCCGUCCUCUGCUGGACUGCGAGACACCACCGUUUGUAUCCCACCUGCAAUCCUCUCACCACUGCUCUACAGUAACGUUGCCGUUGCAUUCUACUCGCCUCGUCCCCCGUCCGUGCCGAUGUACUUGCUUCCUCUACCGUCCAAUCCUGAACUACUUAAUGGCGCCAAGAUCAAAGAAAAGAAAUCUAUGAGCAAGAAAUCAAAGAAGGUCGUGCAAUACGUGAUGCGGACUAUUCUGCGAGGGGUUUACAAGGUUGCAGCUAUUCGAGCCAUGCCUCCUGAACGAGCCCCGGGCAUCAGCUCCGUUACUACUGAAGACAUUUCACCGCCUAAAACUAGCGGUCCUGUAUUCCACAGCGUUGCUUCCCAAACCAAACCGAAAAGCCAUUUCAACAGGCCAUCCGCGGCUGCAGUCACGGAUGAAUUUUCGAAUUCUAGUGAAGAAUGCUGUGAGGAGUGCGACGCCACGUGCGAGUGGGCCGGCAACGUGCGCGCGCUGCGCGAGUCGCACGUACGCCUCGUGCUGCGCCAGCUUCAGCAGCUACGCGACAUCGAGCGCCUCGACCGCACGCUGCAUCGCGCGCACGCCUCCCCACCCGCGCAAGCUCUGGAAUUGAACGUGCCCAAUCCGGCGUCCAGUUUGGCUCAGUCAGCUUGUUUACUUCGAGCCAUAAAGACGAAGGAGAGAGCCCCAUGAUUGGAC